AUGAAUAAAAAUUCACUUUCUUUAACGAUAGUUGAUUGGUUGUUUAAUAAGUUGACUGUCCAGUACUUUGUUCCCAUCACAUUUGAUAGCACAGUCAACUCAACAUUAAGAAGAGGUGGCCUAAGGUUAAAUCAUCGCUUGACGAUUGGCGCUACAUUUGUAGAUUUCACUAAAACCGCUGAAAUGAAGUCUUUAUUACAGAUUACAUAUUGCCUUCUGGUCUAUGCUUCCUUAACCGAUUGUUUGAAGCAUAUACAGGACAGCGAACCUUUAUAUGAAGUAUUCAACGAUGAACCUGAGAACAUAGACACAUUCAGUCGGGAAGAGCGUUCUAAGUCAUUUCCUAGAGUUGGAAGAUCAUAUGUGAGCAAUGCAAACAGACUAAGACGAAUCCUCAUGAACAAUCCAACACUUUUGACUGGUGAACCAAAACGUUCUGUUCGCCUUAUGCGUUAUUAUAAAUGA